CACCCUACGAUUCCUAUACACAAGUUUAUGAGCCAGCGGAGGACUCGUUUCUCCUUCUUGACGUGAUGGAGGAGCAGAGCCCGUUCCUCGUGGCACACAAGUUCGCCUUCAAGGUCCCGACGGUGUUGGAAAUUGGAACUGGGUCUGGGAUUAUCACAACAUUUAUUGCUGUCAACGACAUUCUCGGUCAAAAGGCCGUAUUUUUCACCACAGACCUCAACCCCUUUGCAUGCCAAUGCGUAAAGGAAACAGUGGCGCACAACCAGAGCCAGAGCGUUACGCUCGAUCCGAUCCAAACAAAUUUGGCCAGCUCGCUUAGGGACCACCAGGUUGAUAUCUUGGUGUUCAACCCACCGUAUGUGCCGGCUGAGGAGGUGCCUGCAGUUCCGUGCCAGACCCAGGCUUCUAACGAAAGCACCGAGGACGACUGGUUGGAUCUCGCAUUAUUAGGCGGACACCAAGGGAUGGUGGUGACCAAUGUUUUGUUAGACCAACUCCACAACGUGCUAUCUGCCAAUGGAAUCGCAUAUAUCUUGUUUUGUGCGUCGAAUGUGCCAGAGGAGGUAGUGGUCCGGCCGGACUUGACCGCACGGUUCGACAUCAGCUUAAUGGAGAAGCGGAAGUGCGGGUGGGAGGUGUUGAGUGUUUACAGAUUUGUGAAGAAGUAGAAAAAAAAAAAAGAAAACAGCUUGGUUAGAGAUGAUAUACCUCUGUGGUAUAAUUUCUGGCUUAGUGAGACAGAACUACCGGAUUGGUUCAGCAGGGAACCAAUUGUUCGAAUCUGAUCUGUGCUUUGUUUGAGUAAGACAAAACAGGCUUGGUGGGGUUACUAGAUCGAAACCAUUUCCAUUUGGCUUAUUAAAGAGACUUUCAGACACACAUUUAACAAUUUAAUUACUCGUUGUACAAGCAAAAAGUGGCAAAGUCAGGUUAUAAAUUAAUUGCUAUUUUUCAUCCGCGGUUUUAACUUGGCGUGACAGAAAAUGAUGAAUUUGUCCCUGUUACUGAAUCUAUCAAUAUUAGACAUGUACGUCCAAUUAGGUACUUGCUGAUUUGUGCCCUGGAAUUUCUUGGUCUGGCUCAAGUCUCCUUAGUGGUAUUUUUAAUAAAUAU